AAUGCUUGUGAUGUGAGCCCUGACAGGAAAUGUGACCUCAUUCUGUCUCUCUGCCUUGUGAUUGCGUAGUUUUUGAAAGAAAACAAGCGGGGUCAGAGAACUCUCUUUCCUUUCCCAAGACCUUCAAGCUGUUCUGUCCGAGGAAGCGACUGAGGGAACAAUGUUACAGACCCAAGAGAAGCUUUUGGGGAAAGGAAAGCUCUAGUCAGAGAAACAGCCAGUUCUAGGAUUUCUUCCCUGACAGUCAGAUCUGGAAAGUUUUGAAUGCAGUCAAUCUCUUGUCACUCUCAGUGGAAAGAAGACCUUCGGGAUCCCCUUCAGCCUUACAACACAAUCUGCGAAGUUUGUACAAGUGGCCUUCCCAGCAUGUACCGAAUCUCUCAACUCACAUCCACACCAGUAGCAAGUUCUCCUGGUCUGGAAAGAGAAUCAAGUGGAACUUUUUCACACAGAUGCAUUUUUCCAAGAUAUACUUAUACUUUUCUGGAUGGUGACCCGCCAGUGGAAUGCUGUUCCACAAAUCCUUUGACAGGUUCCCAUUCCAUUUGCCGCCGAAGCCCCCGACUCCUCACCAAUGGCUAUUACAUUUUGACAGAAGACAGCUUUCUUUCUGAUGAAGACGGCAACAUAACUCUCAGUCCCACUCAGACUAGUGUCAUAUACAAAGAGAAUUUGGUGAGAGUAUUCAGGAAAAAAAAGAAGAUUCGACGUUCUCUCUCUGACCUGUUCAAUCUCAGUGCCUCUAACCCUUGGCUUAGUCAUGGUGUCUUUAAUGAUAUGGACUCAUCCCCAGGAGAAGAUGUCUUUAUUCAAGGAGCCAGUAACCUUGAGGAUGUUUAUCAGUUCUACAAGGAUGGUAGUCAAGGCCAUUCUGAAUUUUCUCCUGCAUCCCAACCAUGGUUGUCAGAAAAACAAACUCCAGAAUCUGCAGAAGUCUCAUCGUCCAUCAAUGUAGUUCUUCAGCAUUCUAGAGAGAAUCUCUGUGUUGUGCCUUCUCAGUCCCAGCUAAUUAUUCCAGAUCAUUUCCAAGAGGAAAUUUUACAUCAUUCAAAGUCCAGUACAUUUCGAGAGGUCUUUUUUCCAGUAAUCGUGUUCACAACAUGUUUAAUCAUUUCAGCAUGCACGAGAUGCUCUCCAGGAGGAUUAAUCACUGCCAUUUUGACAUUUUCAUUGAUGUUCAUCAUAAUUUAUCUUAUCAAGUCAUUGCUUCCCAGCCCUGUCAGAUUUUUCAAAACUACUGACCCAGAAUGAUUUGCCAAAGAAUGAAAAUAAUUCUGACACUUCCAGAGUGGCUUUCUGGGAUCUGAACCUUAAGAAAUGGGCAGAAUUACAAUUAAUUCUUAUUUUCCCACACUAAUAGAGUGAAAUACCAGCAUGGAUAGUCCCUUAAUUCACUUAUAUUUGGCUAUAUGAUUUUUAAAAAUCAGUAGUUCAUUUUCCUAAGAAUUAGUAUAGGACAAAAUGUAAUUUUUUUAAUCUUUUUUUUAACAUACACAUUGAGUGUAGUGAAAAGAAAGGGGUUCAUAAAUAGGAAAUAUGUUGUACCCAGAAAAGGCAAUAAGAAGACAGUUUGGGAUUUAAAGUGCCUUCUGUGAACUUCAACUUCAGCAAUAUUUAAAAGUAACUACUAUGUGCAAAGCAAUAUGCUAGGUAUUAGAAGUCAUUCAAAUGUUAAAUUAAACAUGGUCUUGCCCCUAUGGGGUUCACAGUCUAGUAGAGGACUGCAACAUAUACGCACAUGGGGGAGUUAGGUUUUGAUUAGUCCCUGUCCCUUCCUCACAAAGUGACAAGUUGUUACAAGUUCUUAAAAUAACUAUAUGGACUAUGUAUCCUUGUCCUGUCUAUGUUCCAAUUCCUUUAUGAUGUGAAAACUUUUCUCUGAUGGAAUUAAGCCAGAGCAACCUCAUUGAAAGAGCAAAAAUUAGAUAGCAUCUUUGCAGAGCUUUAAAUAACUAAGCUCAGUGAACAGUUGGAAGGAGUGUAGAUUUGGGAGCACUUUGUGAUAAUUCUUGCAGGGUGGAUGGGCAGAAGGGAUUUCUUUCUACUCCCUGUCACUGAUUAGGGUAUAUAGAAGCAGGGUGGGAGACACUCUACCAGUUCAAAAAUGGAUGGUUCAAGAGAGCAGGAAUACUUUCCAGACUGAAGCAGAUACACCAAGGCAAUCAACUAAGGAAGGAAAACAACUUUGGGGAAUGACUGCAAAGAUGAGCAAUAGACUCUUUUAACCCAACUAAGCAAACUGUCCUAUAGAGAAACUAUACCCAAUGGGAUCUGCAAGAGGACAUGAUGAAGAGAGGACUCCCAGCCUCUACAAAAUCAGGAGUUGUGGAUCACCUUUGCUACAUGUAUAUUUUUUAUAUGUGUCUCAAUACCUCUGUGCUUAAAGUUUUAGCACACUUGCCAUGAACAUUGCCAUGGGGAGAGUGUGCCCCAGGAAUAGAGGAAAAUGUUUUAUAUUUACUGUUUUUACUUUGUAAUCUUAGCACAUAAAUGUCUUUGCUAAGAGUUAAAUGUAUCUCCUGGCUGAGUGUUAAUGGGAAUCACUGGUAGGGACUCAUGAGCCAUAAUUUAGGAAGAAUCAUCCCACAGGAUAUACUCUUGAAACCUGAGAAGUCUUCCACUUUGUGGUCCAUCUGUAUAUUUGUGAGUCCUAAACUGGGGAGAGUAGCCCAGAGGAAGUAUUAUAUACAAAUUACUAUGAUGCGAAGAAAUAAGUACACAAAGCUAACUCCUGUGUGAGGACUGAUAGGGACAAGGGUUAGCACUGGCUAGCAACAUCAGAAUAGGCUUCAUGAACUUCAUGGUAUCUGAGCUGAGAAUGUCAAUAAGUAGAGUUGGGAUGGAGGGGGAUGGAAUUCUUAGUAUAGGAUAAACAUGAACAGAGGUCCACUUAUUAUGAAUGGAGGAUGAUAAGUAGUCUAGUUUAACUGAAACAUAGCACAUCUAGAACAAAAUAGUGUGAAACAGAACUGAAUAUAAAGUUAAGCAGUUUAAAUUUUACUAGGUAAGUAAUGGGAAGUCAUUUAAACAUUUUGGGUAAGAGAAUGACCCAGGCAUCUUUGAGUAAAAAGGGACAGAUUUAUAAAGAGUUGACAACUUGGAGCAAAGAGAAUAUAAAAGUGAAGAAAAGGAUUAGGAGGUUUUUAAAUAACUCCAGGAGGAUAGGAAUAAAGGGAAGGAGAGAAUUUGAGAUUGGAGGAGUUAAUAGAUGGCUGAUUCUCCAAGUAAAUAACUGAAUUGCUCUGUAGAUCUUUGGCUUUCAAGAGAUUACACAAAAGCAUUCUUAUCGAAAUCGUGUGUGGUCAAUGUAUAUAUGCAUUUGUACAAUGGUUUUAUAUGAUCCCUUUUUAUUCUAAAUGCUCAUAUAUUUCAGGAUAAGAUGUUGAAAUGUUUAGCCCUCAGUGUGGCACACUGGAACUUCUGGAUUAUCUGGUUCAAUAUCUGGGUUCAAUAUCUGGGUUCAAGUUUCAUGUCUGAUACUACUUGUGUAACCUUAGGCAAAUCUUUUAAGUUUCCUGGGCUUCAGUUUCCUCAUCUGUAAAAAUGAGUGUGUUGGACUAGAUGGUUUAUGAAAUUUCUUUCAUCUCUAGAACUAUGCUGCUAUUAUCAACCAAUUUCUAAGUCUUUUAUUUUAGGGGUCUCAGUAACUUUUGCUGAGGCAUUCUCAUCCUACCUUGGACAGGUUAUACAAAGGUAAACAUCCAGGGCCAAAGCUUUAAUGGAUAUUUCAGGAAUGGCAGGGGAUGGGAAGAUGGAGAAAGAGCAACCAAAGGGAGUCGGAUCUGAUUUGCCAUGCCACAAGGACCCCAAAUGAGAAUGUGUGCCAGGUUAGUAUGCUAAGGUCAAUAUGCCUUUUAGGUGCUCAGGAAUACAAGAACCCAACCCUGACAUGAACUAAAGACGAAGAGCCAGAUAUAGAGAAGGGUACAGUCCUUACUGAAAGACCACUUUGGGCAUACUCACUGUACCCUCUGAAGGUCUGCCUUUUUUUUUUUUUACAGUAAAUUCAUGUGUUCCAUCUACUUUUCCUACAGCUUCUUUCAAGAAUGAGGUCAUCACUGCACUAUUUCUCACACACAGUCACUACCAAAUAUGCAUACAGUGGAAAGGGUGAUAAUUUUGAAGUAAGAAGACCAGGGGCUUAAAUCCUGACUGUAUUGAAUACUACCUUUUUGACUCUGGGAAAUGCAAUUGCCUCUGUGCAUCAGUUCUUCCUCUUUAAAAUGAGGAUUUUACAUUAGUAAGAAAUUCUCAACCAUUUCAGUGCCAUACCUUUAAGGGGUUAGUGAAGCCCAGGGAUCUCCCUUUCAGAUAAUGUCUUUUAAUUCAUAAAAUAAAAUGUAUAAGAUAAUAGUGUAGGUUUUUUUAAUUAUCAAGAUGUAAUUAUUUUUUCCCAUCCAAGUUUUUGGACCCUGUGAAAUCUUGACACAGGCUUCAGGUUAAUAAUCCCUAGACUAAAUGAUCUCUAAAUUUUCUUCAAGUUCUAGGAUCCUAUGCCUGGGGUAGAAGGGAUCCAGGAAUGGGGAUCAAGGAAGGAUAAACAAGAGAGAUACAAGUGGAUGAAAUUUAUGAGAAAUCGAUCAUGUAUAAGAAAGUGAGAGAUUACCCAUAAGUGCAUCUGCCUUUCUAGACCCUUCUCUGAUGACUCCUUUGGUUUAUCUAGACAGGGCUAUUCUCUAGUUCUCUGUAAUUAUCCCCCUGGACCCAAUUGUGGGUCUAUUUGUUUUCUCCUUGGUUUGUUCAAGUGUGAAAUAAGAACCUCUCCAACUCAUUGGCAUGCUACAUACUGAACCUCCUCAACCUAAAAUGGGCAGGAAAAGCAGUCCAUGUUGCCCCCCAUUAAACUCUUGUGUUUUAAUAAAUGUCAUUGCUCCUUGCCCCUCCUCUCUUCCUUCCCCACUAAGCAACCCUUUGCUUUUGGGAAUAGAUAUACAGUCUGAAUGCUCUCUCUUUUCCCUGCCUGGGGGCAGGCCCUGCCACUGGACAGGCAAAGUCAAUUUUCCUCGCUGCAGUAUUGGCACUUCUAAAGUUGGCUGGCAACAGCUGCCAUGUGACUUUGUCCUCAUGUGGCCUCUCCAGAAUUUGGUUUCUAUCCUUUCCCAUCUCCUCUUGGCUGGCUCCACUUCCCAAUUCACAAAGGGCCAGAAGGUGAGCAGCCUGGAUGGCAGGUGGGCACAGGACUGGUUUUGUUCUUCUAGUCUGGUUCAAGUUUACCCAGGGCAGGGUUCAGUGGGGAGAAUAAAUGAUCUUUUAUUGGCAGUUUCUACAUAAGUUUCAACAUCAAGCUGAAGGUGGACCGAGUAAUAAUUAUGGUGUUUUCCUGCUUUGCUUAAAAUUCCACAGGGAGCCCCUACAAUAGAGACAAUGCACAUGCUUUGAACAGCUGUUAUUUGUGGAUGCCUGGAGGACAUUUUCUCAAUCUUUUGAUGCCGAUACAAGAAAACAGCCACAUUUUCCCUGGCUUCACUUUGGGGAAUGUUAGUUACUUCAGCUGAAGCCAGCACUAGAAAGGGUUGUAUCUUCUUUUUACACAGUAAGGCCAGACUCCUUAAUACAAACAGCAUCCUAUGCAUUUGGAACCAGUGACAAUUUGGUCAAGGAUUAGACUGAAGUCUCCCAUUGCCCUUCUAAGGAAAAAAAGAGUCUGCUAAUCCUAUGUGAACAUGAUUGCAAAGAGCCUGGGUAAAUGAAUUCAUGAGUUUACCCAGGAAGCAUUUGUUGUUUAUGCAAAUGAUAAUGAUCCAUUGAACUAUUACCAGAAGACUGUGGAACCAGAAAAAAAUAGAGAAUGGAUUUUGAGAUCACUGAACCUCCUUCUGUAAAUGGGAGGAUGUUAUUCCUAGGGUGCUUUACUUGUUACAAAGAGCCUUUCUCUUACUCAUCACCUAAGGUGAGUCUAGCCAAUCUAACCAUAUUUUUCAGAUGAAGAAACUCAGCCACAGAGUGGUGAAUUAUUUGCCUCUAUUAAGAUACACAGUAAGAAAUUGUUAGCGGGGCUACUAAAAGAAGAGAAAAAUCUCAGAUUUUAUUCAAUUUGAGAUUAUUACACCCUGUUGAGGUGCAGGAAUUCCAAGGUUAAAUAAUAACUGAUUAGCAUUUUAUAAGCAUUUUGAGGUUUGCACUACACUUUUUAUAUGUUAUUUCUUUUGAUCCUCAGGACAACUUUGUGAAGUAGAUACCAUUUUUAUCCUCAUUUUACAAAUUUAGAACCUGAAGCAAAGCAAUUUCCCCAGGGUCUCAUAACUACUAAGUGCCUGAGACAGGAUUUGAACUAACAUCUUCCUGACUCCAAGUACAGUAUUCUAUCUACUGCAUCACCUUUAGCUGAACCAUGCAAAAUGACUGAACAGUGUUACUCAGUAAGAGAUAUUUAUUUAAGGGGGCAAGAUGAACUGAAUAAAGGCUAUAGAGGAAUUCCUACCUCAGUAAUGAAUGUACCAAAAUAGCAUAAAAUGAACUACUAAGCACAUAGAACAUCAGCUGAAAAACAUACAAAUUUAUCAAUAAAGACUUCUGUAUAAUAAACACAGAAUCUUUAACAAUAAUCCCAGAAAUUUGUGGCACACAAUUAUUUGUGGGGGAAAUGAUUGCCAUUUAACAUACAUGAUCAUAUAUUGACAUGGACUGUCCUAUCAGAGACUAAGAAAACAUAUCAGAAGAGGGUCAAACCUUCACUACUUUGCCAGUCCUGGAAGAGAGGUGAUUCCUAGAGGAGAAGAGAGGAGACUGGCAAAGGGAGAGGAGAGGAAAGGAAGGGAGAGGAGAGGAGAGUGGAGGGAAAAGGAGGGAAGAAAAGAGUUGGAGGGGAAAGGAAAGGAGUGGAGGGGAAAGGAGAGGAGAGCAGAGAAGAGGAGAGAAGAGGGGAAUCAGAGAGAUUAAAUGUGGUGUUGCCAAACUACUCCAUCAGUGUGAGACAAGUACCUAUUUACACUCGACUAACAAGAAGAUAAUUUAGGAUAAGAGAAGUCCAAGAUCUAUUAAGUGAACUGAUAGCCAUCUCUCCCAAUCUGAUCCCCAUAAAAUCAAAAGAAUCCUAUUUCAUUGGACAAUAGAAAGUCAUUUCCUCUAUCCAUGGUUUGGAGAAGAAUGCUUCUGUAUUGUUAAGCUAGAUGGGGGAAAGGGUAGGUUAUUCUAUUUUUUUCUCCCAUUCAAACAAAAAAAACUAGUAUUAGUAAUGACAAGUAUUAACAAUGACACUGUAGGGAUGGUUGGAGAUAAAGACAGUGUGCUAUGAUCUUAUGAGGGAAUGGGGAGCUGGGCUCUGGCCCAGUUCUUCUAAGUCUAAAUCCAGAGAUUUUUGACCAUAUCAUCUUGCCAUUGGAAUAAUAUACUGCAAUAUUGGAUUAUAAAUACAUGUACUAUAUCAAUGUGUAAAUAUGUACUUGAAAUAGUGUUAAGUUAAAAGAAUAAUGUAAUAGUACAUACAUAAUAAACACAACUGUAUCAAACAAUUCAUGAACAUUAAUAAAGGUGGAAGAAAUUUUGGAGUGACA